ACUCCAUCAACCACAACCCUUUCAUGCCCUCCUUCCUCGACCUUCCGCGCGAAAUCCGCGAUGAGAUCUACACGUACUGCCUCGUAUCCCCCACCGGAUUGAUCGCGCCCUAUCUCCUCCCUCGCUCCAGCACCCUGAAAUCCUCCCGUCGACGCGCCAUCAAACCUAGCAAAUCCAGACAGAAGCAGCAGCUCCACCUCAUUAACGAUCCCGUGGCACUCACACCACAUGAUCCUAUAUUCCAGACACCAGAUAUAUUCCUCAGUAGUAGGAAGAGUGAUUAUUUGAGUCUCUCGCUCCGCUCAACAUGUCGCCAGAUAUACAACGAGACCGCCGGGCCGUUCUGGAGUAAGAAUAUAUUUCACUUUGAAGGGCUGGGAGAGGUGGGUCGUGGAAUUGGCAUCGCGAGGACAUUGAAGGUUAUGGGGCAGACGGCGAGUCGAUUGAUUGAAAGGGUUACGAUCCAUAUGUCGAGCCUGGGACCAGAGUACGGAGCACUGAGGAAGGUAUUGAAUACGCUUUCUAGUCGGGCGAGACUAGGGAAUUUCAAGAGGCUGGAGUUGGUGUGGGGCAAAAUGGAAUUUUGGAGUUUGAUGGAUGCCCUGUACGGGGGUGACGUCCCGCUGUUUGAUGCUAUGAUCGAGGACUUGGUGGGUGGGCUUGCUGGGGAGAGGUUUGAACGUGUGAUAAAAGUACCUGCUUGUCCGCCUGGCAAUGACGAUGAGGAUGAAGAAGACAGGAUGGUACACGAAGAAGUGGUGAGAUGUCUGCAUUAUGCGAUUGGGGGCACUAUGAUUUGCGGAGACGCAGUGAGGUGGAAAGACCGGGUUAUGGUUGGAAUUUAGAAUUUGGUCGAAGAAUAGGAUCUAGAUCUGGAAAUGGAGUUAUAAAGAAAUCAGAUGUAC